AUGGCAGACUCCAACCACACGGGCACUUCCUUCUUCCUCACAGGCCUGCCAGGCCUUGAGGCUGUGCACACGUGGCUCUCCAUUCCUCUAUGUGCCGUGUAUGUGGCUGCUCUGGCAGGAAACAGCCUGAUCCUGUGGGUGGUGAGGUCAGAGCCCUCGCUGCACCAGCCCAUGCACUGCUUCCUGUCCAUGUUGGCUGUGACUGACCUGGGCCUGUCUGCCUCCACCCUGCCCACCAUGCUCUCCAUCUACAUGCUGGGCGUCAGGGAGGUGGCCCUGGAUGUGUGCCUGGCCCAGCUCUUCUUCAUCCACACCUUCUCAAUCAUGGAGUCCUCUGUGCUGCUGGCCAUGGCCUUUGACCGUUAUGUAGCCAUCAGCAAGCCCCUGCACUACGGCACCAUCCUCACGAGUCCCAGGAUUGCCAGGCUGGGCCUGGCCAUUGUGGUGCGCAGCGUCGGUCUCCACAUCCCAGCCCCCAUCAUGCUGAAGCAGCUGCCUUACUGCGGGACUCGCCUGCUGUCCCACUCCUACUGCCUGCACCCAGACGUCAUGAAGCUGGCCUGUGCUGACACCCAUAUCAACAGCGCCUAUGGUCUCUUUGUGGUGCUGUCCACACUGGGGGUGGACUCUGUGCUCAUUGUCCUGUCCUAUGGGCUCAUCCUCCAGACAGUGCUGUCCAUUGCAUCUAAGGCUGAGCGCCUCAAAGCCCUCAACACUUGUGUCUCCCACAUCUGUGCUGUGCUGCUCUUCUACACACCUAUGAUCGGCCUGUCCAUGAUCCACAGAUUUGGCAGACGAGCUUCCCCUUCCGGCCAUGUGCUGCUCUCUUAUCUGCACUUUCUCACACCUCCAGUGAUCAACCCAGUGGUUUACACCAUUAAGACCAAGCAGAUCCGACUGAGGAUGCUGCACCUCUUCCGCUCAAAUGGGACCGGCAUCAGAGAUGCUCAGGAUCAUUAA